AUGGGCACGUUUGAAAUUGCAAAUAUUCUGGGAAACCCCACUUUUCUUGGGUCCUUUGGUCUGGCAAUUAUUGGCUGGUUGAUCGCAUUUAUAGGUGCCAUCGCUGGCAAUGCAUGGAGAUUCACCUGGUUCGUGAUAUUCUUUGAUAUCUUUGUUCUUCUCGGCUUGUUUGUUGCCGUUGGCACCGAUAGUGUACGAUUCUACAGAUUGGCUAUUAUGACACUUUUGGGUAUUGGCAUAACAUUCAGUUGCGGGCAGAUAGAUGCUUAUAUAUAUGCAAAACAACCUGAAUUUCAGGCAGUUGGUGCUGGAUUAAUCUUUCUAUCGAUGGUUGAGCUAUUUUGGGUAUUUGUAUUUGGAAGUGAAGAAGGAUCAUCUGUUCAUAAUAGUGUCAGCGCAGCUUCAGUUAACAAACCUUUUGAAACUAAUCUCGCUGAAAUUCGCACUGAAACUAGCCCCAACUUUGCACCACAAGCAGAAAAUCGUGAGAGUCAAGUUGUAGUCUCACCAAAUGCUGAAUAUGCUUAUAGAGCCAGAGCACUGUAUGCAUAUCAAGCGAACCCAGAAGACCCGAAUGAAUUGUCAUUCUCGAAAGGAGAAAUUCUCGAGAUUGUCGAUAAGAAGGGUAAAUGGUGGCAAGCAAAGAGAAGUGACGGUUCAGUCGGUAUAGCACCAAGCAAUUAUGUAAGUUUGAGAAACAUUCAUUUGAAAUUAUACCAAGGAUGA